GUUUCAACUAACUCUGGAUUUCUGAACUGAAUAAACCGUUUUUCUCACUGACUCGUUUUACUGCAACCAAUCCAGUCAAACCCCUCUUUUGUUUUUAGCUUCAGUUUUCAACUUCUUGGUGUUUUUGUUGGAACCCACAAAGAAAAAAUGGGAAAAGCUUGGACCUUUCUUACCCAACUUCACACACUUGCUGGGCCAGCGUUGACGUUGCUUUACCCUUUAUAUGCAUCAGUGAUAGCAAUAGAGAGCACAUCCAAACUAGAUGAUGAGCAGUGGCUUGCUUAUUGGGUUAUUUACUCUUUCCUCACUCUUAUGGAGAUGGUGCUCCGACCAGCUCUUGAGUGGUUACCAAUCUGGUAUGAUGUGAAGCUUGUGUUUGUGGCAUGGAUGGUGCUGCCACAGUUCAAGGGGGCAGCUUUCUUGUAUGAGAGAUAUGUGAGAGAUCAAGUCAGAAAGUAUGGAGGGUUGAAAGACCAUCCCAAAUCCGGCAAGACAUCCCCCACUGGCAAAGCAAAGAAGAAGUUUAUGCAGUUCCUGACCCCCAAGAAUGGGGAGCAGGAGGCUUAUUGAGAAAGGCAGAGAAAGCAAUCUAAUUUCCCUAGUUGACUGGUGUGGAUGGGUGCAUUGAGUGGAACUUCUUCAACCUUUGCUUUCUCUUUUACUCGACUUUUUAACCCUACCCAUGUUCAACUUCUGAAGUUGAUGACUUUGAUGCUCUUGUGUUCCUUCUUCAUCUGUAAUUACUGAUCAUUAAUUAGUGUGCAAUAUAUGAUUAGUUUAUGACUUUGAUGAAA